AUGUUAAUCUUGGGGAGUUGUGCAUUUUUCUUUAUGGCACUGAUAUGGUAUUGUGGUUCUAAAAUAGUACCUCUCUUAUUAUUAGGGAUAUUGAUGAUAAUAAAUGCAUGGUUGUUAGCUCGAUGGUGCGAUAGUUUUCACUUUUGGUAUUCAGUAGAUAUAUUAACUGUUUAUUUUCUUGUAUGGCAAUUUAGUUAUCUUAUGUUUCAAUGGUGUUUUCAUAAACUCUCAUGGCCUUGUUUAAUUUUUUAUCAAUCAUCAAUAUGUAUAUUAACAGCUAUUGAAUCAUUCAUAUUUUAUGAUUUAUUUUUUCGUUAUUUUCCGUCAAUUACUCUUGUUAUGAUUUGGUUUGCUUGUUUCGAUGACAUCAUUGCAUGUCUGUAUAUUCAUGGUCGAUUGCGUAAUUUUAUGAAAGAUAAUUCUAUGAAUUACUUAAUGCCAACAUAUCCAACAUUUCCGGUCUUUUCCUAUUAUACACAUGACAUUGAAAAUGGAAUAGAUGCGAUCAAAGGUUACAGAGCUUUGGGUGAUAGUGAUUUUUUCAUAUAUAAUUUGCUUCUUCUUUGGCUACUAUCACCAUUAUCAUCAACAAUUAAACAAAUGUUACUGCUUUUUGGUUUGACUGUCAAUAUACAAAUUGGUCUUAUGAUCACGGAUUGGAUUAGAUCUCUUUGGAAAGAAUACCAAAUGCCAGCUUUACCUCUUCCUGUAAUCUUUGUUUCAGCAUAUGUUCUAAUUAUUGAUUUUAUUAUAAAAAAUUUCGAUAUUGAUUAUAUCAACAUAUUAGAUUGUGUAUGA